AUGGACGGGCAGCGGAAUCCAGAGCUCCAGCGGGUCCUAGCAGCGCUGAAUAGCUUUUCCCAGCAGCAACAACCGCCGGCUCAGCCCUCAUUUGUUGGAUUCGGUCCCUACAGUAGUCAAGGUCUUAAUGGGGUAGACACUAGUUCCGCCAAUACGCUGAUCCCGGGCCUGGGCUUACUCCCGUCCACCCUUCAUGAGCGUGUUGUCUCUCCGCCACCUAUCCACCGCCACCAAGACCCAGUUCCCACUGCGCCCCAGGCACAGAGUAGGACGUCGACACCAGGUCUGCCGGAGACUCUUCGCAGCAAGACUUCGACUCCUAAUUUCAAUGUCCCUGAUGCAUCGACCAUAGUUACUUGGCCAGCAGCACUGAAACACGUCUCGCGCCAUCUUGUUCACAAUGAACAAGUGGCCAACAGGAUCAAGCAUUUGAUCAACGAACAACACAAGCAUGAGCGCCAGUGGUGGGCCGGCCGUGAAGCUAUUGUUGCCAGACAGCAGGGCAGAUCUGGGACGUCGCAGCAGGUCUCGGCGAUAUUGAAGUCGCUAGGCGCGAAGGAUGUGGCGGCUACUUCGUCACGCGGGGCUGCACCAUCAGAGGCACAGAAAAAGGCGGACCAGGCAGAACUAGACGCCUAUGAUAGAAAGGUGUAUGCUGGUCUGCUGGCCAUGACCGCAGAUUUUGACAGGCAACUGCGGUCACUGGGUGUACCGUUUUAUGCUAUCAAGCACGACUUGGUGAUAUUGGAGGAUGGUCCUGAGAAACAGGCUGGAGCUAACAAGGGCAAAAUUGACAGAGGAGAAUUAAGGGAGUUGCAGAAGCGGAUGUGUCAAACUUUGGAGGAUCUAUUCGGAGACUGA